AUGCCUCAACUGGACUUCAACCGGACCUCAACACCGGGCAUCGGUCUGAAUACCUACAUCGCCCCAGCACUUGCCGGUUACAUCAAGCACCCCCUCAUCUUCAGCACGGAUGUUGCCGGUGAAGUCGUCGAGGUCGGUCCUGGCGUGCAGCGUUUCCGCUUAGGCGACCGAGUCUGCGGUAGUGCUGCGGCCAUUGCAAAAGAGGUCAACCGUCCAGCCGAGGGAGCUUUCCAGCUCUAUACGGUAACGAGACAGAAUAUAUUGACACCAAUUCCACCCAGCAUCACCGAUGAACCGGCAUGUGUCUUGGGGCUGGGUCUUGGAACUGCCGCAUACGGCCUCUUCCACCCAGAUUAUCUGGGAAGGUCAGGCUUGCCGCGCACCGUCAUCAUCACUGGUGGCACUUCGAGUGUUGGUAGUAACGCUGUACGACUUGCUGUCGGCGCUGGAUACCAAGUCUUGUUUACGUCGUCUCUAAAGAACUUUGACUAUGUCAAGGGUGUCGGUGCUUGA